AUGUUGUCAAAAGCAGAGAAAAAAUUGGUGAAAACUGAAUCUACCCUAGAGGAAACAGAAUCGAAAUAUCGAGAUGAAGUGUGUAAAUUAUCGAAGGAAAACCAGAAGAUUUCACGUCUGUUGAGGGAUACGAAGGCAGACGUGACUUGUUUACAGGCCAGAGAACCAGAAGUAAGUAUUGAGAGAGUCGAGGUGGAAGUUGAAUCAGAAGAUUUACGCCAGGUUUUAACGGAAAGUCAGAAAGAGAACGCUCUACUGGAAACAGACGUCAAUGAUUGGAGGCAGAAGUACACUGAGCUGACCAAUCAGAUGAAAGCAUUGCAAGAACAAAAUAUCAAUUAUAAUAAACAGCUUCAACAGAACAUAGAAGAAGUCAUAGAAAUUGAAGCGAAACACGACAAAGAGAUGGAGAGAAUAAAUGAAGAAAUGAAUGGCCAGGUUGAAAAAGUGAAGAAUGAAUUAAAGGAUGAAUUAGACAAUUUGAGAUCCACUAAUUCUUCUCUUCGAUCUAAAAUCUUAAAUGUGAACACAAGUUUUGAGGAGUUAUGUGAAUCACACGAGGCGUUGAAAAAACAAGCAUCUCAUUUCCCACGGAUAAUUUCUGUCACAAUAGAUUGUGUUAAAACUGAGGCUGUACGAGCUAUCGAAGAUAUCAACCAGAAAAAUCAGGAGUUAGUCUGUAAAUAUCAUAAAGAGAUGAAACUCAGAAAAAAAUAUCACAAUGAACUGGUGGAAUUACGAGGAAAUAUUCGAGUAUUUUGUCGUGUGAGACCCUGUAUUAAAGAAGACGGGUUCACCAAUCCUUCUCAGAUAAUCGUGACCUACGACCCCUUCGAUGACGGUCUUCUCUUCAUCGCCAAUAAAACACGGAGCCAGGUUUUCGAGCUAGACAAAGUUUUCGAUGAGAAAGUUUCUCAAAUUGAGGUAUUUGAAGAAGUUCGUUCCCUAGUGACGUCCUGUGUAGAUGGGUACAAUGUUUGUAUUUUUGCGUACGGUCAGACAGGGUCUGGUAAAACUUACACCAUGGAGGGUCCUCAAAACGAUCCAGGUAUAAACCAAAGAGCUCUACAAGAAUUAUUUUCUGAAACACAGGAGCGAGGAAUUGACUGGGAAUAUUCUAUCUCUGUCAGUGUUCUAGAGAUUUAUAAUGAAAAUAUCAGGGAUUUAUUGAAUGACGAAGGCUUGAAACUGGAAAUUAAGAUGAAGGCUGACGGAGGGGGAUUACACGUACCUGGUUUAAAAACAGUUGAAGUUACCUCCCUUAAUCACGUCAAUCAGGUGUUUUUAACAGGCCAGAAAAACCGUGCUACUGCUACGACGAACCUCAAUGAACAUUCCUCACGAUCCCAUUUAAUAUUAAAUAUUGAGGUGACUGGAUAUAACAAGACCACCAAUACUAGAACAAGAGGUAAAUUGAAUCUGGUAGAUUUAGCAGGGUCUGAGAGAGUGAGUCGUUCAGGGGCAGACGGUGCCAGGUUAAAAGAGGCCCAGAAUAUUAAUAAAUCUCUUUCAUGCCUUGGUGACGUCAUUCAUUCAUUACGCAGCAAACAGAAUCAUAUACCAUAUCGUAACUCUAAACUAACUUACUUGUUACAAGACUCACUAGGAGGAGAAAGUAAAACUCUGAUGAUUGUUCAAGUUUCUCCUGUCGACAAAAAUAUCAGUGAAACAGUUUGUACGUUAAACUUCGCCCAGAGAGUUCGUCUGGUAGAACUGGGCACGGCCGGACGACAAGUAGAAUCAGGGGACAUUAAUGAGGUGAAAAAACGUAGAAAUAAACUUUGUUAA